AUCAAAUUUAGAUCUAGCGUUCAAGUGUGCAGUUCCAACUUUCCCGCUUAAUUACCAACUAUGAAGUGCAUAAUCGCUGCAGUCAUUUUGGCCAUGGCCGUCGUGGCGGAAGCCGGAGUCUAUCCGUGGGGUUGGCCACAUGCAGCUGCAGUUCCGGCUGCCGUUCCAGUUGCCGCAUGGCCAGCCGCUGGAUGGCCCUACGCUGCCGCUCCUUGGGCUGCUGCUGCUCACUGGCCUGCUGCUCUGCCAGCUGUUCAUGCUGCCCCAUACUACGCUGCUCCUCAUGCUCCGGUCACUGCUCAUCAUGCAGGUGUUGUUCCGGGUGCUGUUUCGGUCACUGCUAACCGUGGCGCGGUCCAUGUUGCCCCCCUGGCAGGUCAUGCCGUUUCCCAGCAGCAGCUGAAUCUCGCUCCGGCCCCAGGAACCAUCUAAGUUGAUCUCUAGUCCUGGAAAUUCGGCCCGCCCCCUGAACCCUGCGAUGCGACUGGCGAGAGAUUCUCCCAAGGAUGACAAUUGUGCAAUGCAAUGAAACUCUGCUAGAGGGAAGUGAUAUACUCAUUAGGUGGUAAGGAAGCAUGAAUGCUGUCAGCGGAAAACGUGUUAACUAAAAACUGAACUUCAUCGGAGAUUUACAGUAUUUACACAGAGCAAGAUUGAAAUAAAAAUGAACGCCAUUUUUAUGUCAAAAAGAA